CACCAGUUGAAAGAUGCUUCGCUACUGAAGACAUCGUGCUACGUGAAUGGAGAAUGGGUGGGUGCGGCAUCGGGCAAGCUAUUUGCAGUCGAGAAUCCUUCUACUCUCGCCGAAGUGGCCAAGUGCCCUGAGUUUGACGAGAAAGAUACCGAGGCCUCUAUUCUCGCCGCUCAUGAUGCCUUCAAAUCCUAUCGCAAGACCCCUGCACGAACAAGGGCCCGCUAUUUGAGAAAAUGGUUUGACCUCAUGAUGGAAAACGCAGAGGACCUGGCCACCAUCAUCACAUUAGAAAACGGCAAGCCGUUGGCCGAUUCUAGGACAGAAGUCGCUUAUGCCGCAUCCUUUUUCGAGUGGUUCUCUGAGGAAGCCCCCAGGAUAUACGGCGAUACCAUUCAGGCGAGCAAUCCCAGCUGCAGGCUUGUCACUCUCAAGGAGCCGGUCGGCGUCUGUGGACUUAUCGCGCCAUGGAACUUCCCCGCUGCCAUGAUCACUCGGAAAGUCGGCCCGGCCUUGGCCGCGGGGUGUACGGUGGUGGUCAAGGCCCCUGCCGAGGCUCCCCUGACGGCUCUGGCGCUCGUUGAGCUUGCGCAUCGGGCUGGUAUUCCUGCCGGCGUGGUUAAUGUAAUCACCGCUCUUGACAACACCGUCGCCGUUGGAAAGGUCUUGACGACACAUCCCAUCAUCAAAAAAGUGUCUUUCACAGGAUCGACAGGUGUUGGGAAACUCCUGAUGAACCAAUGCUCGUCGACUCUGAAGAAGCUUUCUUUCGAACUUGGGGGAAACGCGCCGUUUAUCGUUUUCGAAGAUGCAGACCUCGAGGCUGCUGUGAAGGGCCUUAUCGCGUCCAAGUUCAGGAUAUCUGGUCAGACUUGCGUCUGUGCGAACCGGAUUCUUGUACACCGGGCAGUUUACGAAAAGUUCACGCAAAUGGUUGUUGACACUGUAAAAAGCUUUGAGAUUGGUGACGGAUUCGGCGAAACGACAACCCAUGGUCCUCUUAUCCAUGGUCGUGCCGUGGCCAAAGUCGAUGAGCACGUCAAGGAUGCCGUGUCCAAGGGAGCAUGCGUGCUUCUAGGUGGAAAGCAUUUGACCGAGCUCGGCCCUAAUUUCUACGAUAUCACGGUCCUGGCUGGGAUGAAGCCAGGCAUGAAGAUUUGCUCCGAGGAAACAUUUGGCCCCGUUGCGGCGCUGUUUGCGUUCGAUUCGGAAGAGGAAGCUAUUGAACUGGCAAAUGACGCUGAUGUUGGCCUUGCUGGCUAUUUCUUUAGCAAGGACGUAUCCCGCUGCUGGAGGGUGGCAGAGGCACUGGAGGUUGGGAUGGUUGGUGUGAAUAUUGGCGCCAUUAGCGAUCCUGCAGCACCAUUUGGCGGUGUGAAACAGAGUGGUUUUGGGAGAGAGGGAAGCAAGUACGGCAUUGAAGAGUUUUUGGUUACCAAGAUGGUUAUGACUGGCAUGUAA